AUGCCAAAAGCUUUGCAGAGAUGUGAUCACGUGACCGGGGCUAUUUAUCAUCAGACAGCUGGCCGUUUGCUUGACAUUGGCGAAGAACACUUGCGCCUCCUGAUUCAUUCAUUUACCACAGAGGCACUGCGUCCCGCCAUGCCUUCGUCCAUUGGGAAUGGCAACGCUGGGCAAGCGGCGGAGUUCGGCAGCAAGGACCGGACAUGGCAGAUGCGCAAGUACCUCCUGCUACUCGCCAUCCUGGUGGCGACGGUGACCUAUGUGGCCGGUAUGGACCCGCCGGGGGGCGUGUGGCUGGAGACCGGCCACCGCGCCGGCGACCCGAUCCUGCCCGACACCCGACCCAUCCGGUACAGGGUGUUCUACCACGUGAACGCCACGGCGUUCGCGGCGUCGCUCGUGAUCAUCGUCCUCCUGCUGUUCCUGAGGAAGGACGCCAUGCGCAUGCUGCUGGCCGUGCGUGUCGCCAUGGUGCUCGACCUGGUCUGCCUCAUGGUGGCCUACGUCACCGGCGCCUGCAGGUGCUCUGCCAUCACCGUCGUCGCCUCUGCACUCAGCGCCGCCGUGAUCCUGCUCCUCCUGGCGGCGGCCGGGACCCAGAAAAGUAGCAGAGGCAGGCACCUCCACCGCGAGGGGUGCAAGAUCCUGAUGCUGGUCUCCAUAUUCGCGACGACGGCCACGUACACGGCGGGGCUGAGCCCGCCGGGUGGCUUCUGGGAGCAUGACCAUGGCCACCGCGCCGGAGACCCCAUCCUGCUGGAGCUCCACGCGCGGUGCUUCUUGGCGUUCUUGGUCUGCAACACCACUGCCUUCGCCGCGUCUCUCGUCACCAUGACGCUGCUCCUGAGCAGGCAGCUUUCCAAGGUCAGCGGGCACCUGAGCGCACCGUACGUGUGCGUCGCGGUGGCACCGAUCGGCCUGCUGGGAGCCUACGCAGACGGGAGCUGCAGGGAGACGGACACCGCCGUCGGCGUCUACGUCCUCUGUUUGGUCGGUGCUGUUCUCGUGUGCAUAUCCAUCAUCGCCUACAUCGAGAACCAGUGCACACUGGCAUCACAAGCUCCUGAAGGAGAAGGACCACCGGACGGAGCGUCGCGAAACGCUGGUCUCAACCCACCCGGCGGAGUCUGGAAGGAGACCGGCGACGGGCACGUCAGCGGCAGCCUGGUCCUCCUCGAGACGCACACGAGGCGGUACAAGGCCUUCAUCUACUGCAACUCGGCUGCCUUCGUGGCGUCCAUUGUCGUCGUCAUCAUGGUGCAGAGCAGGUCGCUGGUCAGCCAGGGUGGCCGGCACGCGCUGGAAGCCGCUGUCAUUCUCGACCUGUUGGCGCUCGUGGGAGCGUACGGCGCCGGGAGCUGCCGGGAUGUACGCACCUCCGUCUAUGUCUUCGCCUUGGCUGCUGUCGUCUUUGUGUACGUGGUGAUCCAUGUUGUGAUCGAAAAGUCUUCUUCUGAUUCUACGGUGACGACGGUGAGCAAGGAGGAGGUCGAGCUCGAGAAGAAGCGGAAGCUGCUGUUGCUCCUUGCAAUCUUGGUCGUCACCAUAACCUACCAAGCCGGGCUGACUCCGCCCGGCAAGUUCUGGCUGGAGCACGGCUCCGGCGAUGAAGAGCACAAAGUGGGCGACCCGGUCCUGGCCGACAACUACCCGAGGCGGUACAAGGCCUUCUUCUACAGCAAUACCACAAGCUUCAUGGCGUCCGUUGCCGUCACCGUCUUCCUGUUGAGCCGCAACCUGUCCAAUACAGGCACAAGAUACUGGACCGCGCUCUAUUUCUGCAUGGGCGCCGGCUUCAUCGGCCUGAUGUGCGCCUACACUGCCAGCACCAUGCUGACGGUGCGUGCGUCGUCCAUCUUCGUCGUCGCCUUGGUCGCCGUGGUGCUCGUCUUCACAGGCCUGCACGCCAUCCUCCACUGUCGCAACGUCCCGAGGUGGAUUCCGCGGUGGUGGCAUUGCUGCCCAUCGGACAACCACCACAAGACAGAGACCGGGAACGGGGACUCCAAAUCCAAGCACUCCGCCAGCGUCGAGUACCGUGAGCGGUACAGGAUGUGCAAGUACCUGAUGCUGCUGGGGAUCCUGGCCGCGAGCGUCACGUACCAGGCUGGCUUGACCCCGCCGGGCGGCGUUUGGCCGGCCGACGGUACCGGACACGGCGCCGCAGGCGACCCAGUCCUCCGCGACACCGACACCCGCCGGUACCGCAUGUUCUUCUACAGCAACUCGGCGUCCUUGGUGGCAUCCGUCGUCGUCAUCGUGGUCGUUCCGCUGCUGAUGCAGGGGGCGCUGCCGGUGGCCGGCUUGCCCAUGCCUGUCGGGGCGAUGUACACGGUGGUCGUGCUUGACCUGCUUGGCCUCCUACUGGCUUACGCCACCGGCAGCAGCAGGGGACUGGGCCACGUCCUGGUACGUGCUCGCCAUGGCCACCACCGUGCUGGCCUACGUCGCCAUCUACAAAGUUUUAUCCUCCCGCGGCGGUGA